UAUUUCAGCGGUGGCUCAGUGAAGAAGAGCCGUAUCAGUGGAAUCGUUAGUGAUUCAGGAUGAAGGAAGACAUGAAGUAUUAUGGGUUGAGAAACCAAGGAGCAACAUGUUACCUGAACAGCAUUCUGCAGGCUCUGUUCAUGACCAGAGAGUUCAGAGAGGCUGUUAAAAGUUGUUCAAAACACCAUAAAGACGACAUCAAUGUUGGACUCCAUACUUUGUUUGAGAGUUUAGAGAAAAAAACAUCAGAAACCACAGAAGUUACAAAGACACUGAGAAUUGAAAAAGUGUAUGAACAGCAGGAUGCUGGUCAGUACCUGGAGAAGAUUUUAUCUGAUGUCAGUGAUGAAGCGUCAAAGAUAUUCAGAGGAGAUCUGGUUCACAGGACUGUUUGUGAUCAAUGUGGCUCACAUACUGAUGACGAAGUGCCAUUUUUCUUUCUUUCUCUCCCUCUGAUGGAUUCCAGUAAUGGAAGCUUCAGUGUGGAGGACGGGAUUCAGGAGUUUUUAAAGGAUGUAGAGUUUUAUGGAGAAGACCAGAUGUACUGUGAUAAGUGUAAAUACAAACGUGACACUACUGUUAAAUAUGAACUAAAGCGUCAUCCGAAGAUUUUGAUUUUGCUGCUGAAGAGGUUUGAAUACAACUAUCACCGCAUGUCGUACAGUAAAGACAGCCGUGCUGUGGAUGUUUGUUACACCAUCAACUUACCUGAGAACCAGACAUAUGAACUGUACGCCUUGGUGGAGCACUUUGGGUCUCUGACAGGUGGGCAUUACACAGCAACAAUCAAACCUGAGGAUGAAGACAGAUGGUACGAGUUCAACGACUCCAGUGUGACACUGGUUGGUAACCAGACGUUUCAGAAAAAGUUUGAGAGAUCCCAAAGCUCCCAUCUUUUGUUUUACAGGAAGAGAAAUACUAAAGAGGAAGACAAAGGAACAAAGGUAGAAGAAGACCAGAGAAUACUGAUUGACGAUGACAAGAGUGAAAACGACAAUACGGGGAAAAUUACUUCAGACUGUGAUAAAAAUCACAAUUGUUUUUAUUCUUCUUCGUUAGCUAUGUUACUUUUUGUAUUUGCAGUUCUCUCCAUGAAGGCCCUUGUCUUUGGUUUAUUCUUUCUUUCAGUGUUUGCCUUCUUAUUUUGGAAGAAGGCUAACUUUGGAAAUGUAUUAAGAAAGACAAAAGGUUGUCCUUUUAUUCUGAUCAACAAGAUUUCCCUCUUAUUAUUCAGAAUUAGGGGCGCUGCCAGGAAUCUUGGGCACCCUGAGAAAAAAUCAAGUUGGGCCCCCACCCCUGCGCAGCUGGUGUAACAAUUUCUUGAGUCUAUCUGAUCCGUAAAAAGUGUCACAAUUUUAAAGGCUUGCAACUGCUUUGCUUUCUUUGGUUCAGUACUGAUAACUUGCACAGUGUUUACUGCUCAUGAAUUUCACAUGAAACAUUCCGCAUACAGUAUGCAAGUACGUUGCUUAAUUUUUUCUAUUAGUUUUAGAUUUCUGAAAUGUCUCUCCCCACGAGCAACGUGCAAAAUAUA